CAUAAAAUAACAUGACUUUUAAUACCAUUAAAAAAUUACCAAUUCUUAUUAGAAAUGCAGCACUUAUUGCUGUUACUACAAUUUUUGUUUGUUUUAUUUUAUCAACAUUCUUAAAUCAUUAUCCAUCAAGUGUAAUACUACCAUUCAUUUCAUUAACAGGUUAUAAAGCACCAGAAUAUUAUUUAUAUUCAUUUGGAUUUUGUAUAACAGGUAUAUUAUUUUUAUAUUGUUCAUAUCACAUUCAUUUUUCUGUUUUACCAAUUACUGAAUUAUUUUCUGAACAACAAAUUAUUAAAUUAUUCAUUACAUUAUCAUCAGGAGUUAUUUGUUUUAUGAUUCAUGCAAUUAUUCCAUUACAAAAUGAUAUUAUUUCAUCACCUCAUUUAACAUUAGGAAGUAGAAUUCAUCAAAGUUGUGCAGGAAUAUUUUUCAUGUUAGUUAUAAUACAUACAUCUUACAUAUUCUACAUUCUCAAAGACAAGAAAAAUGUUUUUUCUUAUUUUGAUGAACGUGCAAUGAAUUUUAGAAAAUGGUGUUGUAUUGGAUGUGGAAUUACUAUUAUAUUAGCAAUGGCAAUUCAUCCUACAACAGUUUCUAUCUUUGGUAGUGUUGCAAUGAAAUUUGUUGUUUCUGUAGCAGCUAUUGCUCAAUGGAUACUUGUUGGAUUUAUCAUUUUAAUUUUUGUUUCCUAUUCAAUGGAUAUUACCAAAAUUUUACCACGAAUCUAUGAGAAAGAACAUAUAACUAAGUAA